GUUAUGAGAGGUCCACACCUUCUGAGAAGCACAGGACUUUGCACUCCUGCUGAAGAGGGAGAAGGCAGGAAGAUGGCUGGCUCCAGGGAGGAAGACUCUUGUUGGGGCCUUUCACAGAGUAGGUGGAGCAGGUGCCUCAGCCCAUAGGUGAGCUCACCUGCCAGUCCGUUGACUGGGUGGGGCAUGUGGGCCCAGUCUGGCACAGGUGAACUGGAGCAGAGUCACAGGGACUACGGGCUGAACCAGGCCAGAGGCCAUAGCUUUAACCAGACAGCCCAGACCUGUCCAGUGCCCUGCCAGUUCCAGACUGGGUUUGUGUCGGGAAAGGAGCCAGACCAUGUUGGGGAAGGCAGGAUCUGUGGUGUGGAUGCUCUGUGCAAUCUGGGUCGCGGCUGAUGCUCUUACCGUGGAAACUACACAGGACAUUCUCCGGGCUGCUCGAGGAAGGAGUGUCACCCUCCCCUGCACCUACAGCACUUACGUUCCAGACCGAGAGGGGUUCAUUCAGUGGGAUAAGCUUCUCAGAAGUCAGACGGAAAGAGUGGUCACCUGGAAUUUUGUGACAAAGAAAUACAUCUAUGGGAACCGUUAUGAGAAUCGAGUGAGAGUAUCUAAAGAUGCUGAGCUGUCAAAUGCCUCUAUCACCAUCGACCAGCUGACCAUGGACGACAAUGGCACCUACGAGUGCUCCUUGUCACUGAUGUCGGACCAGGAUGUCACCGCCAAGUCUCGAGUCCGCCUCUUGGUCCUCGAGGAUUUCAAACAAAUGGCAAGAAACGGUGUAAAUCUGAAACCUGAUUCUGCUGGUCCUCCAACCAAACUCCGGCCCGUACAUCAAGGACCACCUACUUUUAAAGAUAAUCAGAUUAACCCGAAGAGUUAAGACUACACGUUUAAUAUGAGAAUAUGGAAUUCGUUGAAACUAACCUCUUGCUUAAAAAAAAAUUACAUGUUAAUAAGCCCAGCAAUAUUCUUUGUG